AGGAUUCAGAACCUGCUCUCAGCUACAAAGAGCUCUCCACUACAUUUCCCAAUCGAGACGCUCAGGGAGGCUGGCGCUGGUCACCAUGCAGCAUCCAUGGACGCACACCCGGAGGACACUCCUGGCUCUGUCUCUCUUGCUCUUUCUGGAACCCUUUGUCCAAGGUUUUCCUGCCCGGAGGGCACGAUUCCACAGGGUUCGAUGUCGCCCAGAUAGCCUUUCUGCCAACUGCAUUGAAGAAAAGGGGCCAUGGUUCAACGUGCCUAAAGGGGAAGACAGUGGGGCCGCCAAUCCUCCAGCGGAUCCAUAUCUAAUGAAGAGACCACAGGACAUGGCUGAAAAGUCUCUUUUCUCUGAGGAAGAUCCUUGGUCUAUCUCCAGCUCCAGCUCCGGCUCUGGCUCCGGCUCCGGCUCCGGCUCUGGCUCCGGCUCCGGCUCAGGCUCUGGCAGUGGCUCCUUACCUGAAAUGGAAACUGAGCCAAUAGAUGAGGAGGAUUUCUACAAUUUCAGCCCCUCAGAAGAUGAGAAUGUGGAGCAAGAACUAACAGAGGAAGAACUGAUCAUCUAAACGUGGAAGCUCUCCCUCACACCGAGGGCAUGAAGGCAGACCAGACAUCUUCUGGGGGUUAUAGAUAAGAAACAAUUAACUCCUGGACAAAGUGCUUUGUGAAAAAUGUAAACCUUCUGGAAGAGCUUCAGUCUGUAUCUCUUUUUCCUCAGUACAAAUGUUAACCAAAUGUACAUUUAUACAUGAAUGCAAUCACCAUCCCCUCUUGUUUGCUCACACAUAAAACAUCUCAUCUCCAUGCCUUUGCACAGCUGUCCCCACACUUGGAAUGUAUUCUCUCUUUUUAAUGUAUAUCUCUACCUCUACCUCUUGGAAUCUCUUCUAGCUUCCCUUAAGGCUCAGCUUACAUUGCUGCCUCCAUGAAGCCUUUCCUGAUUCCUCCAGUCUUCUCUCUUUCUUCAAAAAAUUUUGUAUUCACCUAUCUAUGAUACACAUUCCAUCUCCCCCAUUAAAAUGUAAUCUCUUUGAGGGCAGGAACUGUUUUUUUUUUCUUUGAACCUUUCCGUGCUUUGCACAUAGAUAUGUUUAAUAAAGUUUUCUUAAGUUGAAUAUAGAAUGGCAGAGCUGGAAGAGAUCUUAGAAAUCAUCACACCCACCCCAACCUACUCCCAUUUUACAAGUGAAGAAACUGAGGCUGGCAGAAGCAAAGUCACUUGUUCAGCAUCACAGCUAGUAAAGAAGCAGCGGUAGGGUUCAUACAGAGUACUUUGGGCGGUAGGUCCUGUGUGCUUUUCACUGUAUCUGCUGCCACGAUGUCUGAGCGUUUUCUCUGUGUGUAAAAGAGACCAGACCUUUAUAUCAUGAAAUCAUGGAGCCCUGCCUGCACAGAGCAGAGGUGUCAAACUCAACUAGAAACAGCCACUCAGUCAUACAUGAGGAUCCCUGUGGGCUGCUCUUUGAUGUAGAAAGUCACUAAUUAACUAUGUUUUAUUGUGUUUUUAUUUAUUGUGUUAAAUAUUUCCUAAUUACAGUUUCAUAUAGUUUAGGUCACACUGGGGAGUGUUGCUGGACAUGUCUUAGACAUUUGACCCCCCUACUAUAGACCAACUGAAUUGCCUGGGGUUCACAAGACUGAUUCAAAGGGGAAAAAAAAGAACCUGGCUUUAAAAUUUACACACACACACACACACACACACACACACACACACACACACACACAUACACACACACGAAGCAAAGUGUUGGGGAGAUGAUGUUAGUUGCUGAAUUCCCUCCUCCAUUCUUGGAGCUGUGACUCCUUCAGAGAAUGAAUGCAUACAAGUUCAGAUUUUCUUUAUGGGAAAAUUGAAAAGUAACAGAUGCUUUAUAAUUUUCUCAAUGUCUUUUUGGGAUUGGUUGCUUAGCAUGGAGCUCCCCACUAUUGUCCCUUGUUUAAUUAGUUACUAGGGCUCAGCCAUUAUUUUCCUGGAGCCCUAAAUCACUCUUAUCCUGAUAAGAUUCAGAAUGGACAGGUUUGUGCCUUUUUCUGAAUCUAAUAUUGCUUCAUCUGCUUCCCUGGAUAUAUUAGUACAUGCUUAAUGUUACCUAUUAAAGCGAAGUUACUGUAAAACCA